CGCUACGGUGUCGCAUUGCACCUUAUUAAUGUCCGCGAUUUUUCAACUCUUGUACUACCCAUGAUCUCAAGGGCAGCGCGUGCAUCGCGCAUCUGCCAAGCCUGUCGGGUCGGCCUUACACAACGCAGCGCGGUGCUGGGCUUCCGCGCGCUUCCCCGUCAAGAUGGCUUGCUUCAACGGCGGCGCUUUGCCUCCGACUCGGAUCCCCCCCCUCAGUUCAACGCCGAGAUUGAGGCCCUGAUAUCUGAUAAGCUAUUUGGUGGGAAUGCGAAGAGGUCGAUUGACAAGGCGGAGGAAACCCCAGAACCGCCAAAAGAUGUCGACGAAGACGAUGCCGAGUGGGAUUCGCCCGCAUUACACAACGCCGACAGCUCUAUCGCCGCCGAGAUCGACAAAUUCCUUUCCGAUGUUGCCGGAGCUCCAACUACAAGCAGUCAGGCCAGAAAUCCAUCCUCGAACCCCAGAAGAGACCGCAAUACAUUCACCGACCCCCCCUCCGAGCAACCAUCUGCAUCUUCUACCAAACCUCGAUCGAAGCCCCGUUCCGACUCCUCAUCCGAUUCCAUGUUCGAACUCCCAGUUAUUCCCGACUUCGAUCCGCCAGGCUCUCAAUCCAACAACAAGCUACGCCACAACCUCCUCCACAACCAACCCCUCGGCGUAUCAGCGCUCGGUGUCCCCGCCGACGCCAUCAUCAUCAAGAACCCGAACAAGAUGCGCAUUGAGAGAAGGGCUGCCAGGGAGAUUUUGGAGAAGCCUCUGCUUCCUACCUCGGAUGUUGAUUGGAAACGAUUCGACCCGACGAAUGGUGGCGACGAUGCUAAUUCUAGACACCACAUUUGGGCCAACAUCAAUGAGCUGCGGCCCGACAGCAGAGCUCUGCGAAUGAGAGACUUUGAGAAACUGUCCAGGGCUCUAUUCAACGGCUUUACGGUCGACCAGCUCAGAGAAUACAUGCGUGAUUACGAAAUGGAGGCGGGACUCGAGGAUACACCGCUGGGCAAUUAUCCCUGGAUCAUGAAGCAGAUGCCCUGGACCCCAUUCAAAUCCCUACCAGUCGCCGAGAAACUGGCGUUCAAAUACUCUUUUGUUCAGAAACUCAUUGUCCAGAAGUGGAAGAUUGGCAUUCAAGAACAUGUAGAUGCGUUGGGCCAAGCCUUCAUCUGGGUUGACCCUCACUACUUCAAGUUUCUUGCCCUCGGUAUGAGACCCUUUUUGAAGGGAGCCAGGAAUGACUUUCUCGACGAGUCCAACAACGAGAAGCUCUCGACAACAUCCACCGAGUGCCGCCUCAACAUCACAGCCCGGAAGGCCCCAACCUAUGCCAUCCUAGAACGGCUUGAUCAGCAUCUAAAAAACGUCCAACAUCGCAUGCUACCCAUUGGCCAGCUCACCAAGCAUAUCCCGUCGUCCACAGAACUAGAAGAACUUGCCCGCAUCACAUCUACCUCCCUCAAACUUCACAAGCAAGGCAAGGAUGCGCACCUUCAAGUCUCGUGGUUCUCCGAGCAAAAGGACCCCAUCACCGCACCUCACGCUCAAAACGAAGGCAAGGCGGAUACCGUUCUUCGGCUACUAACCACCCUCCCAAGUCGCGGCCUCGUCGAAACGGUUGAGUGUAUUCCUUCAUUGGAACCUACCAGUGGCACUGGUGGCAUCUUCGUGGGCUUCAACCGAGAGCGAAGGAGCAUGGCAUGGAGGGAUAAACUUCGCAAGUGGCUACGAUAUGUGGCACCUAUGGGCAUCACUAAUGAUGCUCCUGAAUGGCCCCUGGACCUAGCCAAGUCGGUAUCACUCCCAGAGUACGCUGGCAGACUCAGCAGCAAUUUCACCACUGCGACAUUUGGCCAUCUCCUCCACUCUGAGGCACACCAGUCGACGACCAAGCUCUCUCGGAAGCGCCGCCUCUUGUCGCCCGUCACUCCUCACCCAGCAUCAUUUUCUGCCCUCAAGCCCGACGACGACGAACCUCUAAGCCAAUCGACAGCCAUUAUCCUCAAAUUCUCACCUAGUGUCGACCGCUUGACGAGCCCCGAGAGCAAGGGACCCCCCGUUCGUCUGCAUAUCCCAAUCACGCCAGAAACCGACAUUGUGGAUUUCAAAAUCCCCGAAGACGCGACUCUCCAGUGUGCUGUCCCUUGGCACGUCGACGACGUCAUGCUUCCUGCCCAGAGCGUUGACGUGCGUCUCGUCAAUGAGCGCCAUCUCCCCCUUGACAUCGAUCAGCCACAGCUUCAAAGCUUUCUCGAAAUUGCCGACUUCAAUCUCCGCGACGGUCGCCUCCAGACUCCCAAGGAGGUGACUCUCUCUAUUCCUGAGCAGUGGCUGAGCACUCGGUCGAAGGGUGGUAAGAAGUCACAGAUCUCAGCCGAUGUGCUCUAUGCCUUCCGCGGUAUCGAAAUUCACCAGAAUAUCGAGAUUCCCUUGAACGGUCACACUCUACGUUACUCCCUUAUCGAGGCUGGUCAGCAUGGCGGCAGGCGUCAGGAGCUCGCUCUCCAAGCGGGCCGCCCAGGAGCCCCUGCAAGUGCCUUUCAAGGCGAACAGCGUGAGAGCUUCCUCCGGGUAGUCGAAGGUGUAGCUACAGGAAAGUUCUUCUCAUGGGUUGAGGGCCACAAGUCGGUCAAGGCGCAGCAAUUUGAAGACUUCAGUUACGAUCUCCCCGCCGAGGAACUUGGUGAGGAUUUCGUCGUGUCGGAAUUUGACCCCGAGGAGGAGAAGAGGGAGUUGGCUCAGCGGAAGGCGGACAAGGCGGAUAAGGCUGCCAAGGAAAAGAAGCUCAAGGAGGAAUGGGCCGCUUCGAAGUUGGCUGCGAAGAAGGCCAAGAAGUCUAAAGACCUCAAGCUUGAUGCGAAACCUGCUGACAAGUCCGCCGAGGAGCCUGCUGAGGUAUCAGUUGAGAAGCCUACUAAGGAGUCUGAGGAUCCUCAAGAGAAGCUUGCGGAGAAGCCAGCGGAGGAGCCCGUUGAGGGGUCUGCUAAGGAACCUCUGGCAAAGCUUGCCGAUAAGUCUGUUGAAGCCCUCGUUGACGAACCUGCGGAGAAGCCUGUGGAGGAGUCUGCUGUGGAAACUCCGCGAAAGCUCGCUAAGAAGCCUGUUGAAAAGCCUACCGAGAAGACUACCGAGGACCCUAUCAAACGGGAGGCAUCAAAGCCCAAGGCUCCCGUGGCGCCUGUGGUAGACGAAAGAGCCUUCUUCAGGCAGUUUUCAAGCAGGGCCGGAGACCAGCUCGAUCAGUUCAAGGCACCUACGAAGCGCCGAAAGGGCAAGAAGAGCAAUCGCACCACGGCGAAUGAGAACUUGGACGAGGGUGACCCAUUCCGGAUCUCGACAAGGCCGAAAAGGAGCCCCUCAUCACAAGCGAAGGAUAGCAGCCUGUCUGUCGGCAAUGCGGCAAGCAAGGCCGACUUCGUCAGACAGGACUCCAACGAAGCUGACACCGACCGGUUCACCUUUGAUGAUGCGUGGGAGGACGACGACUUCAACGAUGAUGAGAUCGAGGACAACGAACUGUCGACCGCGGAGAUUGAGGCCGAGUUGGUCAAGAUGUUCGGGUUGGAUAAGCAGUCCACUCAGCAAAAGGCGGCAGAGGCAUCCUCUGAGACCAUGGCGCGGGCCGUGGAAGAGUGGGAGGAGCUCAAGUCCGAAGCAGACGAGACGGCCCAGUCCUCCAAGGGGACCUCCCACAAAGCGACUACAACACCACCCUCUCACCAAGACAACGCUCAAAUGCAACCAACUGGAGCGCGGAACGAGUCGACUUACCCGAAGGAGGACGCUGAGGAUUCGUCCGUCGAGCAGCCGACGACCAAAACUACGGAGUCACAAGCGGGGAUGAACGUUGACGACACAGCCGACAAAAAGAACAAAUAGACGAAGGCAUGUAAAAAAAAACGGCACUGGGAAUAGACGAAUAAUUAUGUAAACUAAAAGUGUAGUUAUAGUUGAUGUAAGAACACGAAAUCUCAAGACGGCAUGUAUUGAACGCAAUACCAUUUCGGGCGCAAAGCAUUGUCAAUGGGCAGACGUGGGGCACCUCUCACGCAAUCCUCUUACAAGAGGGUCAAGCAACGGGCAGGACAAAGUACGGACGGGUGAGUCGUGCAGGCCAACCGUCGGGUCAACCAGCUAUCGAGCGUCCAUCGGCAGGGAGGGAGCGACAACAAGCAUCACAAUCAUCACACAUCACAUCACAUUCAUGGGAGACAAGAAAUUUUGCAUAAAUCACUUCUGGACUCUAUUUUAUUUUUGGUUGUUUAGCACAACAUGAGAAGUUCCGAC